AUGGAAAGAGAAGUUGAAGUAAGACUAUACAAAGAGUAUGGAGUGCUACAUCUUAUUCAUCAAUUACUCAAAGCUCGACAAAUCGAACCACCUUGGUAUCAAUAUCUAGAGAUUAUCGUGGGGAAAAUACAAUCGAUCUUGAUUUUACAAACUGAUAUCUCCGAAUGUAAAACUAACAAGAAGGAAGAUAAGCUUUACGAAUUGAGGAAAUUAGCAUGUAUCAUAGUACAAUUACUAAAUAAAAUACUUGAAAAAGGUAAAAAUUCUGUGAUUGAGAGUACACUAUUUUUAACGUAUGGAUUUGGUUUAGUUGAGUCAUUUAAAAGACUUAUAUCUGUUAUAUGUGAAAUACCAAAGGUAAAAGAAAUACUUGAUGAAGGUUCCAUGGUAAUCAAAGACUAUGAGCUAGAGUAUAAUGAAUUUGAAGAUGAUAAAUCUUUGCCAAUUCGAUUAUUUGCACUUCCUAUGGUUUUUUUAUUUAAUUUUGAUAGACUUCCAUCUUUUAUUAAUCUCAAUUCCAAUCAGAAAAUUGUACCCGUUAAUUCUUCAUUGACAUUGACAAAUGAACUGUCAUUUAAAUUUUCAAGUAUUCUGAUUGUGGAGUCCACUGUCCAGUCUCCAAGUGAAAUUAGCUCUUCCUUGAACAAUUCUAUACAGUCAAAACAAUAUCUAUAUAUUCCUCCCUUAUCAUUAACAAGAUCAUUAACAGAUGAACAAGUUCAAGCAUACAUAUCAUCUAAAAAGAUGGUAAAAAGUGAUGAAUACGUACUACUGCUUCGUGCUGAAAUAUGGGAGGAGUUUCAGAAUGUUUUACAAUUGUUUUUUUUGUACAUUGGCUGA